AUGGAGGUAGAGGGGACGCGGAGGAGACACGGGAGCCGAGGCGCUGAUCACGGGGACAAACACUCGGGUCAUGCCAGAAGAGAUCGCGUGAUUAACGCUCAUUCACCUAUCGUGGCUUCUGGGGGCGGGUUUGUUCUCCGUUUGAGUAUUAAGGAGGAGGGAUUCAGUUUGCAUGUUUUCAGAUAUGACGAGAGCAGAUUUGUGACCUGGGUGGAGAGAGACUUUCUCAGUCCAAAAUGGGAUCCCAACUAUGGCGCUCCUGUCGCAAAUUAUUACGGUGCCCCCAACCCAUCUCCACAGUUCCCACCACCUGAUUAUAACAAUGCCCCAAAACCACCUCCACAGGUUCCACAACCUCAGCCACCCCUAAAUUAUAACGGUCUCCCAAACUCACUUUGGCAGGCUCCGCCACCCCAAGGUUAUAACGGUGCUCCAAACUCACCAUGGCAGUUUCCACCACCCCCACCUCCUCCUCGUCCCUAUCCUCCUGGUCCCUAUCCUCCUGCUGGCUUCCCUGGCUCUGGUUCUUCUAAUAACGGCAACACAGGAUGGUUGGAUAAUUUCUUCAAGAAGCUGCAAGGUGGUAAUGGUGGCUUAUCAUGGUGGAAAAGUUCAUUUGGGAGCUGGCCAUUUAUUUUUGGCGGUAAAAAACAAGGUUCUUCUAGCAACCAACCCUCAGAUUGGUUGGACCUUCUGAAGAAGUUGCCAGCUGACUCUUACAACUGGAUACAACAAAUAUUCAAUCGAAAGAAACCAAGUCCGAAUGGAGAAUAUCAAUGGCCACCUCUUGACUCUGGAUAUCAGUGGCCACCUGAAAUAUUCAGUGGAAAUAAUCUUCAACCAAAUAAUGGAGAAUUUCAAUGGCCACCCUUCCCUCCCCCACCACCUGGACCAUAUGGACAGCCUCCUCCCCCACCACCUGUAGCAUAUGGACCACCUCCUCCCCCACAACCUGGAGUAUAUGGACCACCUCCUCCCUCACCACUUGGCACAUAUGGACAGCCUCCUCCCCCACCACCUGGAGUAUAUGGACCACCUCCUCCCCCACCACCUGGAGCAUAUGGAGAACCUCUUCCCUCACCACCUGGAACAUAUGGGCAGCCUCCUCCCCCUCCAUCUGAAACAUAUGGAUUGCCUCUUUCCCUGCCACCUGGAGGAUAUGGACAGCCUCCCCUGGUAUUACCAGGAUAUGAAAAACCCCCUGAGACAGGAUCUGAACCCGAAUCUCAGAAACCCACCCAGGCACCUUAUGAGGCACCAUAAACCUGGCCAUUGUACCUGGGAAAUACACUCAGAUCUGCAAGUUGGAUGUGCUGAGAAGAAGCCACAAUGCCCACUGCUACGCUUUCUGUC